CGAACUCCCGACGCAGAAGCGGCAGACUGGCAGUUCGCGCGGACUCACGCGGACUGCGACAGGAGCGAGGAGCCGAGAAAGAUGGCGGCGCUUAUAAAGGCCGUGCAGGCCGGCACGAGCAUGAACGGCAUAACGAAGCUCUUGACGAAUCUGUCGCUGGCUCCGGGCGUAAUCGCGCCCGCGAAGCGCGCCUUUCUCCGCAGCACACCGACCUUGCACUGCGCCUUCGUGCACCUCACGUCGGAGCGCCGCGACCUGAUGGAGUUCUUCGACGAUCCGAAGAACUGGGGGAAGAGCGAGGUGCGAGUGGGCCGCUCCUGGAAGAAGGACGAAUUGAGAUUGAAGAGCAACUCGGAUCUCCACAAGUUAUGGUUCGUGCUGCUCAAGGAGCGUAACAUGCUCAUGACCAUGGAAGAGACUUGCAAGGACGCGCACGAGAUCUUCCCGAAUCCCGAGCGUUUGGACAAGAUUCAGGAUAGCAUGAAUAACUUGGAGUCGAUCGUGCGCGAGAGAAACAGGGCGUAUCACCUGCUCGAGACUGGCGAGACGGGAGAGCGUCCUGGAAAACUGGUCUACAGUAUCUUAGGUUUAAGGUUUUAUCAUAGAAUGCGCCAGUACGCCAUUCCAAAGUUCGCGAACACGCGAUGGCACAAGUUGCACAUGUUUGGCUUUGGCGGAUACGCAACUCGAAAGUUUUUACGCUUGUACAGGGAGCAGCUUUGGAAUAAGAAACGCAAAGCGAGAACACGUGACAGGAAUCGUGUCGCAACGUUAAUGAGAAGAUUCCCGAAUAUGGAUCUCGAAGCUGUGAAGGAACAAUUUCCGGAUGUUGAUAUAGAAAUGGUAAAAACGUCCAAGAAAGCAAGAGGUCAUCACGUACCUGUGUAAUUCGCGAUCCCUGUUAAUAGAGUAGCAAAUUAUCGAACAUCUCCGUUACAUUUAUGAAUGUAAGAUACCCGAUCGUUAAUACAGUACAUCAGUUUAUACGUGUAGUAAUUUUGAUCGCGUCUUCAGAUUUGCAUUUCAAAUUAUUUCAUUAAUUGUGCUGCUUUAACGUGCAAGCAGAUUGUAUUAUAGACCAUGUAUAGAUAUAAAGGGACAAUUUCCUUUGCAAAACUAUUAAAGAAUUAUAUAAUUAGAAGAAAA